UGACCAAGUCAAACCCCGCCUUGGGGAAAAAGGCAGAAGAAAGAAGUUAGAAAAUGAAAUGGUGUAUAAACAGAGCAAAUCAAAACAGAACUUGAACAAACUCAUCGCACACCACAUCAAAGUCUCUCUCACAAAUCAAUCUUAUUCACUAUCUUCUUCUUAGCUUCAAGAGUCGAUCGGAAUCGGAAAAAUGGCCGGAAUCGAGUUGCUGCCCAAAGAAUACGGAUUCGUAGCCCUUGUUCUCGUUCUCUACUGCUUCUUCAAUUUCUGGAUGGCUUUUCAAGUCGGCCAAGCCCGCAAAAAGUACAAGGUGAACUAUCCCACCCUCUAUGCUCUGGAAUCUGAAAACAAGGAUGCCAAGCUCUUCAACUGUGUUCAGAGAGGACAUCAGAACUCGCUGGAAAUGUUGCCCAUGUUCUUCAUGCUCAUGAUUUUGGGAGGAAUUAAGCAUCCCCUGAUCUGCGCUUCUCUUGGGGCCUUCUACAUCGUCGGCCGCUAUUUCUAUUUCACCGGCUACGCCUCUGGUGAUCCCAGAAAUCGUCUUAACCUUGGGAAAUACGGGUUUUUGGCAUUGUUGGGGCUUAUGAUUUGCACGAUCUCGUUCGGUGUCAAUCUCGUUCUGGCAUAAAGAUCUUUGCUUGAUAAUCUGACCCUGCUUUGCAUCCUCCGCCAUUGUUGCUUUUAGUUUCCAUUUUUUUUUUUUUGAUUUGUUGUGUUAUCAUCUCAUAGAUUUUACAGUCCAGGAAGUUUUGAUGUUAUGUUUGUUUUUCGGAAGUUUGUUUUGAUGCUAUGUUCAGGAGAGAUGUUAAGUCCAAAAUGGAUAGUUUGGACAAUAUUGUUUACUUUUUAUCAAAUACUAUUACUUUCUCUUA